UGCCAAGAAGAAGAAGAUGGCUGACAAAAUCCUCCCUCAGCGGAUCCGUGAGCUCGUGCCAGAAUCCCAGGCCUACAUGGACUUGUUGGCCUUUGAGAGGAAGCUGGACCAGACCAUCAUGAGGAAGCGCUUGGACAUCCAGGAGGCUCUGAAACGCCCCAUCAAGCAAAAGCGAAAGCUGCGAAUCUUCAUCUCCAACACCUUCAACCCAGCCAAGUCGGACGCGGAGGACGGCGAAGGCACCGUGGCCUCCUGGGAGCUCCGCGUGGAGGGACGACUGCUGGAGGAUUCUGCUCUGUCCAAAUACGAUGCCACCAAGCAGAAAAGAAAGUUUUCAUCCUUCUUUAAGUCUCUGGUCAUUGAACUUGAUAAAGACCUGUAUGGCCCUGACAAUCACCUAGUAGAGUGGCACAGAACUGCCACGACUCAGGAGACAGAUGGCUUCCAGGUGAAGAGGCCUGGGGACGUCAACGUGCGCUGCACUGUCCUGCUGAUGUUGGAUUACCAG